GUCUUGGGACCAGCGGUGAGCCAGAGGCAGAACAGCCGCGGGCCGGCGUGGAGCGAGGUGCGCGCCCGGCAGGCGGAUCCAGCGGCUCUCCCUCCCUCCGGCAUCCUCCAGCGUGGCCAGCGCGGGGCGCAGAUUGAAGGCGCCGCCUGCCCCACGAGAAGCCAGCCGGCGCUCGCUCGCCGCACAGCAUCCCUGCAAACCUCCGCCCGCCGCCGCCACCUCGCCCGGAGCAGGCAGAGGCGAGCGAGGCCACAAAGGGCUCUUUGUAAGGCGCGGCGGCCCCGCAGUCCUGGUCGGCGCCAGCAUGGGGGCAGCCAGCGCCGCCUUCUUAGCCCUGCUGGCGGCGUCCGCGCUUCAUCCCUUCGACGCGGCAGGGGAAAUGGAGAUACCAGAUUCUGAUGAUCCAUUAGGUCAAAUGGAUGGGCAUGAUCAACCAGUUCCUACUCACAAAGGUUACUUUUUGACCUUUUUGGAACCAGUAAACAAUAUCACCAUAGUCCAGGGCCAGACAGCAAUCCUUCACUGUAAAGUAGCAGGGCAUCCAUCACCCAAUGUCAGAUGGCUGAAAAACGAUGCACCAGUGGUUCAAGAACCAAGGAGGAUCAUCAUCAGGAAAACAGACUAUGGUUCCCGACUAAGAAUCCAAGAUCUUGACACAACUGACACUGGGUACUAUCAAUGCGUGGCCACUAAUGGGAUGAAGACAAUAACUGCAACAGGAGUUCUCUUUGUAAGGCUGGGUCCAACCCACAGCCCAAAUCACAAUUUUCAGGAAAAUUAUCAUGAAGAUGGGUUUUGCCAACCAUACAGGGGAGUUGCUUGUGCUCGAAUUAUUGGAAACCGAACAAUUUUUGUGGACUCCCUCCAAAUGCAAGGGGAAAUUGAAAACCGGAUUACUGCUGCAUUUACUAUGAUCGGCACAUCUACCCAUUUAUCUGAUCAAUGUUCUCAGUUUGCCAUCCCAUCUUUCUGUCAUUUCGUGUUUCCUCUGUGUGAUGAACGGUCUCGGACCCCUAAACCAAGAGAGCUGUGUCGAGACGAGUGUGAAGUUCUGGAGAAUGAUCUCUGCAGGAAAGAAUACAACAUCGCUAGGUCUAAUCCACACAUUCUGGUGCAGCUCCAGCCGCCUAAAUGUGAAGACCUGCCACUACCAGAUACUUUAGAAGCUGCCAAUUGCAUAAAAAUUGGAAUACCUGUAGAGCGGCUCAACAGUUAUCACCAGUGUUACAACGGCUCUGGAAUGGAUUAUAGAGGGACUAUCAGUGUUACCAAGUCAGGUCACAAUUGUCAGUAUUGGGAUUCUCAACAUCCCCAUUCCCACAGUUUGACAAGUACAGAAUUUCCUGAGCUUGGAGGAGGUCAUGCGUAUUGCCGCAAUCCUGGUGGCCAAAUGGAAGGUCCCUGGUGUUUUACACAAAACAAAAACGUACGCAUGGAACUGUGUGAAAUACCUUCUUGUAGUCCACGUGAUAGCAGCAAAAUGGGGAUCCUCUAUAUCCUGGUUCCCAGCAUAGCCAUCCCUUUGAUUAUUGCCUGCCUUUUCUUGUUGGUCUGCAUGUGCAGGAAUAAGCAAAAGGCAUCUGCUGCCAUUCCACAGCGUCGCCAGCUUAUGCCCUCUCCUAGCCAAGACAUGGAAAUGCCUCUUAUAAAUCAACAUAAACAGACUAAACUGAAAGAAAUCAGCCUUUCAACUGUGAGAUUUAUGGAGGAACUUGGUGAAGAGAAGUUUGGAAAAGUUUAUAAGGGUCACCUGUUUGGUACAGUUCCAGGGGAACAAACUCAAACUGUUGCCAUCAAAACACUAAAGGAUAAAGCAGACUUAACUCUUCGUGAGGAAUUUAAGCAUGAAGCAAUGAUGCGGUCAAGAUUGCAGCAUCCAAAUAUAGUUUGCUUGUUAGGAAUGGUGACCAAAGAACAGCCCAUCAGUAUGGUUUUUAGCUAUUGUUCCCACAGUGAUCUCCAUGAGUUCCUGGUUAUGAGAUCUCCCCAUUCAGAUGUUGGUAGCACUGAUGAUGAGAAGACAGUGAAAUCGACUUUGGAGCCUGGAGAUUUUUUUCAUAUUGUGACUCAGAUAGCUGGUGGAAUGGAAUAUUUGUCAAGCCACCAUGUUAUCCAUAAAGAUUUAGCUACAAGAAAUGUACUGGUGUUUGACAAGCUCAAUGUGAAAAUAUCUGAUCUAGGUCUUUUCAGGGAAGUUUAUUCUGCUGAUUAUUUUAAAUUAAUGGGAAAUACUCCACUCCCUAUACGAUGGAUGUCCCCAGAGGCAAUCAUGUAUGGCAAGUUUUCAGUUGAUUCUGACAUCUGGUCCUAUGGAGUGCUGUUGUGGGAGAUCUUCAGCUAUGGUUUGCAGCCUUACUGUGGCUACUCUAAUCAGGAUGUCAUUGAAAUGAUCAGAAACCGACAGGUUUUGCCAUGUCCUGAUGACUGUCCAGCAUGGAUAUACUCUCUGAUGUUAGAAUGCUGGAAUGAAUUUCCUAACAGAAGACCCAGAUUUAAAGACAUCCACAACAGACUGAGAACAUGGGGAAACCUAUCUAAUUACACCAGCUCUGCACAAACAUCUGGUGCAAGCAACACCACACAAACAAGUUCCCUCAGCACCAGCCCUGUUAGUAAUGUCAGCAACACUAGGUAUGUUGGGCCAAAGCAAAAAACACAAGCUUUCCCUCAGCCACAGUUCAUACCAAUGAAAGGACAGAUAAGACCUAUGGUCCCUCCUCCUCAGCUGUACAUUCCAGUCAAUGGUUACCAACCAAUGCCAGCCUAUGGAGCCUAUCUGCCAAAUUUUUACCCAGUCCAAAUUCCAAUGCAGAUGGCUCCUCAGCAGAUGGCUCCUCAGAUAAUUCCAAAGCCAGGAUCCCAUCACAGCGGAAGUGGUUCCACAAGUACAGGAUAUGUAACAACAGCCCCCUCCAAUGCCUCUGUGGCUGACAGGGCAGCUCUGCUGUCAGAAGGUACAGAUGAUGUACAUAAUGUAGAGGAUGUUGCUCAGAAUUUGGUUCAGGAAGAAGAAGAGGAAGAAGGUUCAGUGCCUGAAACAGAAUUAUUGGGAGAUAAUGACACUGUUCAGAUGGACGAGACAGAGUUUCAGUCAGAAGCAUAAGAGAGUUGCCUUUUUACACAUGCAAAAUUGGACAUUUCUUCAUGAUGGCUGGAGACUGUAGUCCUAGCUCAUGUUUUUCUUUGCUCUCCUCAGCAUACCUACAAAUACAAGACCACAUAAAAUUCAGCUAUAAUGAUAUACCAUGUUUAUGCACCAUUAUUUCCAGCAGAUGUUUGUAAACAUGAAGAUAUAGAAUUGCUAUGUUGAAAUCUAUAGCUGAAUACAGUUCUUGCAGGGAGGCUGCUUUUAUAAUAUACUGUUGCUGUGCAACAUAUAGUGGAAAUGCAUUGCACAUCAUGUAUAUCUUGAUAUUUGAUUGUAAUUUUAAUGAAUUUUGGUUAAAUUGGUAAUUAAAAAAACUGAGCUACAGUAAUACAGAGACUGGUUCUGAGAAGAGGUGCCCCAGAUACAAUAAAUAUCUACCUGACAGAAUAGUUACCUCACUGGUGCAGAAACUUGCAAUGGGGCUGGUUCAGGCACAGGAAAAUUCAGGUACUAAUAUUAAUCCAAAUUGAAAAUAAAAGAACACAGCCAGAGUUCAGGUAAGGCAGAAUGACUCAAACAUAUUUCGGUUAGUGACUGAGUAGUGCACAAAUUUCCUACUAAAAUCAGUUAUUUCUUCAUGAAUGAAUGGAAAUCUAACAUAUAUUUGCUGCCCAGAUGAAAACAUUGGGCAUUAUGCACUAAUCUGAAAAAGUCAACCUGUUUUUUACAGUUGGUGGUCAAAUUCAGGAAAAGGAUUGAAACGUAUGUUCACGUACGUUUAUUGAUCAUUACAAAUUUUAAUCUCAUUUUGGUUUCUGUUAAGAUGGUGCUAGAAGUGUACACACAAAACCUUUUUAAAAAAAUCUAUGUUUAGUGAUUGUAGAUCUUUAAAGACCAAGGUAAAAAAUAUUGUACAGAAUGUCGGAUUUUCAGUGGUUUUAUUUUUUUGUGAGAUGAAUCAUGUACAGACUUUGAAAUGUAAUUUAUGUUUUGUUACAUUUUUAUAUACCAUUUCAUUGAAACAUUUUGAUCUUUGAAAAAAACUUUUUGUAAUUUAACCGUUUAUAUUACAAUAUAAUUGUUACAUUUUAUUGGUGCAGAAAUUUGGGGUGGUUAUAAAACUGGUCCAUAUAUUUCAUAGUCAUUGCUACACUACAAAGUCAGUGUCACAUUCUAGUGUAGCUACACAUACAUUUUACUCCCCAGCCUAUAAAUCUAUCACGUGACAUGAACUGUUAAAGCAGCACAUAAAUGUUUGACUAAUCUUAAGGUAUUGUAAAAUAUAAGGACAAAGUGAAAAUGGAAAUUCCUGAAUUUCUCUUUUGUUAUGUUUUGCAAUGUAAACAGUGCCUUUGCUCAGUACAUUUGGAUUCACUUGAGGUGUAUCAAGGCAAUGUGCAACCAAUGUCACUAGUGGCAGGAGAUGCUUUACUGGUUUCCCAUGAACUUGAUCAUGCACUGGUGAAGAUUGAAUGGCUCUCCUACUUGUUAUUAUAAACAUGAGUUGGAGAUGGUUAAUAAAUCUUAUGAAUAAAUUUGGUUUAUUUACUUUGUAAA